GCAGUGGUGGUUACAAAACGAUUCUUGACGCUGCUGGGACUCUGCCGUGGCGGGGGGGAGUUGGUGUGCACGGCACAGGGGAGCCAAGGGACGAGACCAGAGACAGCCGAGGGACUGGGGCGGCGUUCCCCAUUGCACGAGUGGCCUGAAGGGAUCUGCUGCAGGACACGAAUCCAAAGGGAGCGUGAGAUGCUGAGGCACAGACACGGGUCUGCCCGAGCAUGGAUGGAAGGGCAGCCCUACCCAGCAGCUUCAUAAAACUAACAGGUUCCACUGAUGCCCCGCUCUGCCCACAGCCGGGACCACCUCCUGCAAUGGAACCCAACCACGCCACCGCGUCCCCUGCAAUGCCGACGGCUGAUGGAGAGAACAUGUGUGCGAUGGAUGUCUUUGAUACAGCCGUGGAUGGGGCCACGCUGCUCAUCAGCCUGUGCGGGCUGGUGGGUAACGGGGCCGUCCUCUGGCUGCUCGGCUGCCGCAUCCGCAGGAACCCCAUCACCGUCUAUGUCCUCAACCUGGCCGUGGCUGACUUCACCUUCCUGCUCUUCAUGCUCACCUACACCCUCCUCAACCUCCUGAAAGAACUCUCCUGCUUCACGCUGCCCAUCUCAGUGAAGCACCUCGUAGCACUCCUCCUGAUCUCGCUGUUUGCCCACAACAUGGGCAUGUAUCUGCUGGCGGCCAUCAGCAUUGAGAGGUGUGCUUCUGCCUUCUGCUCUGGCAGGAGCCAUUGCCACCGCCCCCAGCACCUGUCAGCCGUGGUGUGUGCACUGCUCUGGGUGCUCUCCAUCGCCGUCAUCACCAUGGUGACAUUCCUGUGCCUGUCCCACCAGCAAGAGCAGUGCCGCCUGGCGCUUAUCACCAUGUACAUCCUCAACUUCCUCAUUUUUGCCCCAUCCAUGGUCAUUUCCAACGUGAUCCUGCUCGUUAAGGUGCUGUGCCGCUCCAGGCAGCGCCAGCACAGGAGGCUCUACAUCGUCAUCUUCCUCACGGUCCUCUUCUUCCUCCUCUUUGGAGUCCCCCUCAGCGUCUGGAAUUUCAUGCAGCAUUUCAUCUCUGACCCUGGGUAUCACCAGGUGGUUUUCCUGCUCGCCUGCAUCAACAGCAGCAUCAACCCCUUCAUCUACGUGCUGGUGGGUAGCUGCAGGAGGCACUGCUCUCUGGCAUCCGUGCAGGUCGCCUUCCAGAGGGUCUUCGAGGAGCUGGGUGUUGAUGGGGUGGGCAGCGACAGCUCCAUGAUGCACACGCUGAGCUCAGCCCCUUGAAGCCUUUCCACUGCUCUACAUCAGGAUAAUGCUGAGGGGGUGGGAGGGGGGGUUCCUGGGGUGCACGAUCAAUAAACGUCUGCCUUGUGUCCU